CCUGGACAAACAGCCUCGAGGAAGUUAGUGGCUUCCUCAAGGUCACAGAGCUAAGAGGCAGAGCAGGCUGACUUUGGAGGCUCUGUAUUUAACCAUCUGUGUAGUUCUGCCCCCUCAGCCUAUAGGAGACGUAUAGCAGAGCUGGGCUCAUACUAAGAGCUCAAUAAAUGUCAUCUGUAGCUAGUUAUUAUAAUUUGCCCAAUUUUUCAGAGAGACUGAGAAGAGAAGCCAAAUAACUUACCCAAGGUCUCAAAGCUGGAGCCAGAGUGCUGUACAUAUGAGCCCCAGACUAGGAAGACCUCUACAGACACCUUGCCCUCACCCUCAUCAGCACAAGCAUAGACAUUUCUUUUUAGGGGAGCCAAAGCUGGCUGGGAGGGUGAAGGAGAUCGGGUGUGUUGAGGCCUGUGUGGCAAGGACUUGGCAGGGGCCAGUCUACACCCUGGUGUGUGAAGCUCUGGGCUGGAGUCUGAUGCUCUGUGGUAUCUUGGAGGUCUGAGUUAUGACCUAGCUCUACUAGGCUGUGCUGUGUGUCUCUGGGUGGUUCCACAGUCUCUGUGUUCCCCUAGCUUCAUCUUGGGUAGUUUAUUGGACCUUCCUCUUUGGAAGAAGGUUUGAGGGGGCCUUGGAAGAAAGGAAUGGUGUACUUUCUGACCCUGAGAGAGGGAGCAGCCAGUGGUUCAGGCUCUUGGGUAGGUGGAACCCAGCAGGAACUGAUGACCACACCCUCUUCUUCCCCCUCAACCUGCCCAAGUCCCUCCCAUCCACGGAGGAGGCCUGGGGGAGGAAGCUGGAAUGUAGCAUCAAGUGCUUUGAAUCCCUCUCUGGCUCUCGCCUACUCUGUGUGAUUAGGAGCCACCCACUAGUCCCAGAGCCUCUGUGGUCUCCUUUUGCCCUAGGACUCUGUGCUUUUGAUUAUUGAUUUGAUGAUUUGAUUAUGGGGGACCCUGUAUUGGCAUUUGCAUUGCAUGAACCAAACAAUGAGAAAUUAGAAUGUGAUCUCAAGUUUGUACCUCAAUGGCUUUGUGACACAGGGAGAGUUUCAGUGUCACCUCAUCUGUAAAAUGGGGCAAAUGGUGGGACCUCCCUCUUAGGUCAUUGUGAGAGGAUGGGUAGGAUGGGGUUAGGAACCCCCUUUCUCCACAGAACCUCACAGGAGAUGGCAGAGCAGAGGUGAGUUACCCCACUUGUGGUUUCUGGAGCUUUCAGAUUCUGUGAUGAGGGGAGCUACUUCCUAAUUCUGAACUACUUUCCUCCCUGUAAGAUGAAAUUAAAUAUUAUGUACCUUGGGGAGUAGGGUGAUGGGAUUGAGACACACAGCAGGUAUACAGGCCACAUCCCCACACCGGGGUUCCAAAGCAUAAGACUCAUCGUGAACCUGAAGAGGGAUUCAAAGAAAUGUUCAGAUUUCUGCCUUCUCUUGAAAAAUUAUAAAGUCUGGGAAAAUUAUGUCCCCAUUUUGACUUGCUGCAGAGUGUUUUUGCAUGUGCCUUUGAAUUUAUGGUUAGGGGAGAUACUGUUAUUGGCCUCUGGCCCUGGGGGAAACCCCAAGGGACUAUGGGGAUUUUCUGAGGGCUUCCUGGGGCCAGGACCAGGCUCUGGGAAAUAUAAAUAAGAGGAUAAUGCCUAAGACAAAACAGGGCAGGGAUUCCCUAACCCUGGAGGAUCAGGGGCAAACCCAGAGGCCCUUCCUUGGGCAUCAGCCACCCAGGCUGGAAGCAGGAAGGAGCAGUCCCAUGGAGACAGCCUGCUGCUGUCAUGAUAUAAUGUGAUAAUAACUCUACUAUAAUGAGGAAGCCAGAGCAAGCUGACAGGCUCAAAGUGGGCAGUCUUUGAGUUAGCCCCAAAAUUUGAGCCAGAUUUUGCCAAAGGUGGGUAGGGGAUAUUGAGGACACAUUUCUAUUAGGCAGUUGAGCGGCACAAUCAGAGGUUUGGUGACUUAAAAGAAUGUAACUAGAUUGAGACUAGAGGGUUGCUUUUGGAGGAUGGGGGUGGUAAGGUUUUUUCACUAUGCGGACUUGGACAAGUCACUUCAUCUCUUUGAACCUCAGAUAUUCAUCCAUAAAAUAAGGCUGGAUUAUACCUGUGAUGUCUUAACUUCCAGUGAAGGCUGGAUGUUAGUGCCUUCAGCCAGGAGGUGGUUAUUGAAUGAGACAUGUAGUGAUUGUGACAGGGUUAUAUGCACAUUAAAUGGCAUGAGGUGAAGGUCAGGGUGCAUCUAGCCCUGUGUUCAGAGAUGGAGAAAUUCAGCACAACUGAAGACAUCACAAAUAACUUCCUGUAAGAGGUGAGAUGGGAAGAGAGCUUCAUAUGGCAGAAAAGAGGAAUGGGAUGGUAGAAAGGAAGACAGAGGGCAUCCUAGGCAGACAGGCCAGCCUGAGCAAAGGCAAGAAGGUGGCAGGUAGGGAACACCAGAGGGAGCACAACCAUGACUGUGGGAGAAAGGAUAGGGAAAGGUGAGCUUGACAGAUUUGGACAGGGAGCGCUUGUUAAGUGCAGUCUCCAGGGCCAGACCUAUGUGCAGUUGGCUGGGAGCCACUGUAGGCACUAUCCCCAUAAAGGAAACUGGGAUAAUCUUGCAAAUGUAGGUACCUUCAAAUGUGGGGAGGGUUUUCUAAUUGCUCUUACAUAGCAGAGAAAAUGAAAGGUUGAAAGCCAUAGUGGGUGAAGAAUUGAUAAGGAACUAGUUGAAGACAUCACUUUGUAUAUUCACACUUAUUUGCAUGCACAUGUAGUUCUAACCAUGAUGGAUAGAGCUUGGCAUUCCAGGUAAUGUCUGUAGCACAGCAUCAUGAACUUGAUCUUGCAUUGCUUAGAGAUAUGCAGCUAGCCUAUCAGGUACCGUAUCUUUAAUCAUUGUGUUGCUGGCUGCAUAUCCAUAAUCCACAUGAUACUAGUCGUUUUGGGUCUAAACAUUGCAGUAAGCACAUCUGUUCCCCAAACUUCCUUCUGAUGGUUUCCACUGGGUACCUUUCUUUCUUUUUUUUUUUUGAGACACAGUCUCGCUACAUCACCCUCAGUAGAGUGCUGUGGCGUCACAGCUCACAGCAACCUCCAACUCUUGGGCUUACGCGAUUCUCUUGCCUCCGCCUCCCAAGUAGCUGGGACUAAGGUGCCUGCCACAACGCCCGACUAUUUUUUUGAUGUAGUUGUCAUUGUUGUUUAGCACGCCCUGGCUGGGUUCAAACCAGCUGGCGCCCUAAGCACUGAGGCAGAUGCUGUCAGGCAGGCAACAAAGAGAGAGGGCCCCAAAAGGAGCAGGCUGCUGAGCCUGUUUAUCUUUCUUGAAGGGGGAUUUCUGACCCCAAGGGAACAAAAGUUUUUAUGGCUUAAAAGACUUAAAAUAUACUUUUAUAAUAGUUUACUUUGAAAUUUUCAGUAGGUUAUACUGCAUAGGACUUUUAAAAGAGAAAAUAUAUACAAUAGUCUAUCUUCCUGUUUUCCCUGAGGAUGAUUGUAUAUCCUUCCAGAAAUAUAUGCAAAUGUAGUAUAUGCCCAAUUAAACAAAAACCCUGAUACAUACUGUCAUACCUGUUCAACAUCUUGGUUUCAAUUUUUAUUUUUAAAUUUGGGUUUAUGAAAUAUAUCAGAGAAAUAAAUGAACUCCUCACCCCCACCCCAGUAACCCACUACACAGGUUUAACAGAUGUUAACAUUAUGCACUGGUGCCUUGUUAUGGCUUGUGUUGGAGGUAGCCCCAUGUCACUUCCAGCUGCCUCUUUGUGGUAGCUGCACACCAGUCCAGUUAUUAAUUAUAUGAAUGCACCCAUCAUUCUUUAUUGGGCCUAUCCACAACUCUCGGAUAUUCAGGGUAUUACUGAUUUUUUCUUAUAAUUAAUUGGGUAAUAUGCAUACUCCACUUUGUAUAAUGUCAACCUGGAGAAGCAUCGAGGCAUAAGAGAACGAGACUUUGGCUUGGCUUUAAAUUCCUACUCCAUCACACUUCCUAGCUAUGUGAUCUGGGGUAAGUGAAGUCCUCACUUUCCCCAUCUGUAAAAUGGACUAGCUGCAGUAAUCCCUCCGUCUCAUAACCGCUGAGAGUAGAAACUAAAACAUAGAGGCUUCAUUUUGCUUAAUUCCCCAGUUCCCCUGAGAAGGGAGCUCUCUGCGAGGACCCAAGCUCCCAGGCCCAGCGAUGCAGUUUUGCCUCAAACUAUUACGUGUUCCCCGCCUCUUUCCCCUGGCCGCGCAGGGGGCGGGGCGGUUAAAUGUCUCUAUGACGUUAGCGCGCGUCGGACCAAUCCCCGCGCCUGUCAGGCGUUAGGUUGUUUGCAUGGAUCGCCCGCCAUUGGUCUGUUGGGCAAUCCAGGCCGUCCCAGAUUUUUAAAGACGCCGCGUAGUAUAAACAAGGAGAUGUGGGGCGGCUGGGACCUGAUGUCACCGCGGCGCUGCAGCUCUUGGGGGUGACGUCAUCUCCGGGAAGGUUGCCGGUCCAGGGCUGUUAGGUCCAUCCUAAGCAUUUGGGGAGAGUUGCGAGGCUGGUCCCGCCCCGUCGAAGGUCACCCCAUUGCAGUUAAGUGUCCCAGGCGCUGCCACAUCCCCGAGGAGGGGACUAUGACACAGGUUGUGAGCCCCGGCCCAGCCCCUCCACCCCUCUUCACCCCUCAUGCAACCAUGGGCUCUGUCAGUGACUAGGUGGCCACCCUCUGCCCCUGGGGGUCAGCGGCGAUUCUCUGCAGGACCCGGCAGCACUCCUGGCCAGCACUGGGGAAGUCCUAUCAGGGCCUCCUCUCUGUGGUGCAGCCCCGGCCGUGAGGGCCCCCUGGCCAGCCUGCCUGCCCAGGAUGAGCACUUACCCUCCCAGCAGCCACUGCCCCGACUACCACACCUCCCGGUAGAGGAGCGCCGAGCCUCGGCUCCUGCCGGCGGGAGCCCCCGAAUGCUGCACCCAGCCACUCAACAGAGCCCGUUCAUGGUUGAUCUUCAUGAGCAGGUGCACCAGGGAGCUGUCCCUCUGUCCUACACAGUCACCACAGUGACGACCCAAGGCUUCCCCUUGCCUACAGGCCAGCACAUCCCUGGCUGCAGUGCCCAGCAGCUCCCAGCAUGCUCCGUGAUGUUCAGCGGGCAGCACUAUCCCCUCUGCUGCCUCCCGCCCCCGCAGCUCAUCCAGGCGUGUACCAUGCAGCAGCUCCCUGUGCCCUAUCAGGCCUACCCCCACCUCAUCUCCAGUGACCACUACAUCCUGCACCCCCCACCGCCGGCCCCACCUCCCCAGCCCACCCACAUGGCACCUCUUGGGCAGUUUGUAUCACUGCAGACCCAGCACCCACGUAUGCCCUUACAGCGGCUCGACAACGAUGUGGACCUGCGGGGGGACCAGCACCCUCUGGGUAGCUUCACCUAUUCCACCUCUGCCUCCGGCCCCACACUGUCCCCAUCAGUUCCCCUGCACUACCUGUCCCACGAUCCCCUGCACCAGGAGCUGUCCUUUGGUGUGCCGUAUUCUCAUAUGAUGCCGCGGAGACUGAGCACCCAGAGAUACCGCCUGCAACAGCCGCUGCCCCCACCGCCCCCACCACCACCACCACCACCACCACCACCACCUUAUUACCCCAGCUUCCUGCCCUACUUCCUUUCGAUGCUGCCAAUGUCACCAACAGCAAUGGGGCCCACCAUCAGCCUGGAUCUGGAUGUGGAUGAUGUGGAGAUGGAGAACUAUGAGGCUCUCCUGAACCUGGCUGAGCGGCUGGGAGAUGCCAAGCCCCGAGGCCUCACCAAAGCAGACAUAGAGCAGCUCCCAUCAUACCGCUUUAACCCAGACAGCCAUCAGUCAGAGCAGACACUGUGUGUGGUCUGCUUCAGUGACUUUGAGGCACGGCAGCUGCUCCGAGUCCUCCCCUGCAGCCAUGAGUUCCACACCAAGUGUGUUGACAAGUGGUUGAAGGCUAACCGGACGUGUCCCAUUUGCCGGGCCGACGCCUCUGAGGUGCCCAGAGAGGCUGAGUGAAGCCCAAUAGCUGCCCAGGAGAACCCUGCCCGAAGCUCUGGAAACUUGGGGGGGUGGGCAGGGAGGACGAGGAGGGAGUGAUCCAGGUCUGCCCUGUCAUUCCUACCUGCAUCUCCAGAGCUGGUGCCAGGGUCAACCCCAUGAGAAGCCCCUGCAAUAAGCCCCUGCAUUUGCCAACCUCCAAAGACUCCUUCCCUGAUCUGCCUGCCUGUCUGCCCACCACGGAGCUGCCUGAAUGUCCCUGAUUGGUCUCUUCCUGUUUGCCUUUGGGCCCCUCUCCUUUUUUUCUACUGGCACUGCGAGCCAAGGGUCCAUUCCUCCAGUAUGGCUGGUGGAGAUCCUUGGCUGCAGGAUGGGUGUGUGUGUGUGUGUGGGGGGGGUGCCAUCCUGAGUUAUCUGGUCUCUUGCACUGACGUGGCGUGCCCUCUGUUCAAGUGGCACUGCCAAGUGCGUGGACGGUGUCGAGGCCAUUCCCUGAGCCCUAAGGAUGAGUCCUCCUGCCUUGAUUGGACAGACUCAGGCAGUCAGCUCUGCUUAGGCUGUUGUGAGGGGGGGUCUGGUUUCCUAGAGGACCCUCACCCCAGGUACAACAUUCCAGCCCCACCUUUAGGCUGGAGGGGAUCCCAGUCGGGCCUCUGGAGCAAAUGGGGGACCACACAUGAGCUGAGGCACAUGUAUCUUUAGGGAGCCUGGGGAGAGUGAGCCCGUGUUCCUGGUGGCUCCCCUGGUGCCAAUGAUGGAGCCAGGCCCAUGCUCGUUUUUCUCCCCUCUCUGUUGUUUUGCAUGAAUGUGAGGAGCAGCAAUUUUUGUUUAUUCAUUUGGCCCAAAAUCGCUUUAUAGGAUUUGGGAAUGUGGAUACUUAAGACUUUUUUUCCUUUGGCUUAAUGGGCUUAGGGUUAGGGACCAACCAGGACUGAGUGCCCAAAGGACAGAGUAGUCCAGUUGAGCUGCCUAGUCUGUUUGCAUGUGCUUGGCUGGGGCUGGGCUGGGCUGGGUGGCUGGCGGUCAUGGGCAGGGUUGAGGGGUCUGUACUCAGCUGAUAACUGCCAUGCACUGUACUGCACACGUCCCUAGAGCCUACCGGGACCGUACGCUUUUCAGGGCAUUUUUCCUUCUCCAGCCAGGACCCAUCUUCCACCUGUCUGGGUGAGUCUUCUCUAAGGAAAUCCCAGGACCAUGGGGACCAGCGAGGGUGUGGACCCCCAUCUCUGGGAGGUCCCUCCUAGUCUGAUCUCUGCCCUCCAAGGUCUGGAGGAGGCCCCUGUAGGGUCUGGCUGGGCUCCCCACCCACCCUCCCUCCCUAGUCCCAUUCCUUUCCUACCCCUAGCUGGGGUUGCUGCCCUGAACGAACCGCGUGUGGGGCCGGCACAUCCUAGCAGGCAGCCCCUGGCGCCUGCUGCCUCAGGGAUGCUCCAACCACCCUCGUUCUCCCCGCAGCGGCCCUGGCUCCCCGCCUCCCACCCUCGCCUGCCAUGGGGCCCAUCAGUCUGGUCCCACCCCUAUGGAGAACCCAAAGUCUUACUGUAUAUAACUCCAGGUGACGUUUCUAUAUUUAUAGCAGUGUUGAAAACCCAUGUGUUUUACACAGAGAACCACCUUCUCUAACCCCCUUCCCUUCCCAACCCCAACAAAAGGUUUUCAAAACCCUUAGGUCCCUGGGGCAGGCGGAAAUGGGCUCACAGAUUGUGUGUUGGCUACAGCAGUGAUUCCAACAUGCAGCUAUUUGGGGGAAAAUACAACAUUAAAAGAAAAAACAUCAUCAUUAAAAAAAGGUUUAUAAAACAAUUACUUAGGAUGUUUGUGACCUUGCUAUAGAUGCCAUGUUACCAAUGAUUUACAGUGGUGGGGGCUUGUCAUUGUUUACUCUCUUACUUACCAACAUUUGGCGUAGGCAUGACAGUGGGCACCUUCCCCCAGCCCUGGCUGGGCCCAGCGCCUGUAUUGUGUUAGAAAGGUAUAUAUAUAUAUAUAUAUAUAUAUAUACACAUAAUUACAUAUAUGUAAAAAUAUAUGUAAUUUGGGGGGCCCUGUUCCUUGCACAUUUUACAGUUACCUCAUUUUUCCCAUGUAUGUAUUUGAGAAAAUGCUAAUAUAUAGAGAAAAAAAUGGUUCUUAAAGCUUAAAUGUGUGGUUUUUUCCAUUCCAUUGGAUUCACAUUGGUUUGUAGCAUUUAACAUAACUAGUAUGUUGUAUUAUAUAUGUGUAUACUGAUUGAAAUUUUUAACAGAUUUGUACUUUUUUUAAAAUGAAAGUUGCUAGUUCUGCUUGACCAAGUAGUGCAAUCAUUAUUUUUUUUAAUAUUGUUGCUGAUUUCAGAGGGAUAUUCACUAAUAAAUGUAUGAUGUAUACCAA